UAAUAAUUAAAUUAAGAUUUCUGUUCUUUUAAAAUUAAAUGUGUAGAUAAAAUACUUUGAAUUUUAUUUGCAUUGCAAAAACCAUCCUUGAUCCUCACACCUUGCUCCGAGCAAGGAAACACGAGCAAGUUGCUCUAUUUCUCUACGCAGUUGAAGUUAGUUACGCAUGCAAUGUUAUUUGCUCUCAGUUUUCAGUGCACAAAUAUUUUCUACUCUCGCCUUGUUGUUUUGGAUAAGUGAUUCUUGAAAAAAAUGGCGAAAGUUUUUGUGAUGGAGUGGUGGGAUAAGGAUCCCAAUAGCGAGUUACGUGAGGGGGAUGGCAACGCCAAGUUUAUCGGCAAUUACGAAGGGUGCUCUGGGGAAGAAACAGCGGCACAAGCAGCAAAGAUUCACGUCGACAACCUCAUUUCCAAGGAUACAACUUGUUCUGAUCAGGACUACUACUUGCAGGGAUUCUGGCCAAAUAUAGAAGGGGCUUAUUGGACUGGAGUGGAGGCGAAGACCAUGUCAAAAGCGAAAAAGAAGAAGGCGGUCGUUCGACGCCACGACAAGGUUGCCGCCUCGACAUUGGCCUCACAUCGGAAUUUGGCGUCGGUUGGGAAGAAAGGUGUGACGAAAAUUUUGGAAAAAAUGAGGUCCAAUCCUCGCCUGGCUCAACAUGUGUCCUCACAACCUGUUGGAAAACUUGACCGUUUAUUGGAUGGACCAUCCAGAAAAGGUACAUUGUAUGUACCCGAUCGUGAGCUCAAACCCUGGACAUGUGAGCACUGUGGACAUCAGUAUAAAACGAAAGGAGAGUACAGGAAACACGUUAAUCGUCACAACGGGGUCAAACGACAUAGUUGUAUUCAAUGUGGUCAGUCGUUCUUUUCGACCUCCAAUCUCUACGUCCAUACUAAGCAUUGUCAUGGUGAGGGGAAGUAUGGAUGCAAAGACUGCCCUUGUAAACUAAUAUCGCAACGAGGCUUCACGCAGCAUCAAAAGUGCUGCACCAAAGUGGGUGUGAACUGGGUAGCCAAACCGCAUCCCCCAGUUGGACACGUUACUACAGAAGUGGAUCUCUUAAAGGCUCAACUUGCAGAAUAAGAUGCUCAACUUGCAGAGAAAGAUGCUCAACUUGCAGAGAAAGAUGCUCAACUUGCAGAGAAAGAUGCUCAACUUGCGGAAUAUCAAGAGAACGACCUGGUUGUCUCAGACGACGAGUUUGGUUUCAAGGAAUACAUGGCUGAUAAACUUUUGUUAUAAUGGGUGAUGUAUUUCAAUUUGUCACAAUGCUAAUAAAUCUUACUUCC